AUGGCCAGCACGAUUCUCGACCUCGUCUACUCCAUGGGCAGCUGCCUGUCGUGCUUCCCGAGCACGCCCACCCUCAAGAUCAACGGCCGCAGCUUCAAGAUCCUGCGGCUGCUCGGCGAGGGCGGCUUCUCCUACGUCUACCUGGUCCAGGACACUGCGACCGCCGAGCUGUUUGCCCUCAAGAAGAUCCGGUGCCCCUUUGGCGCCGAGUCCGUCGCCCAGGCCAUGCGCGAGGUCGAGGCGUACCGGCUGUUUGCGCGGUCCGAAGGCAUCAUCCACUCGGUCGACUAUAGCGUGGCCACCGAACGGGGCGGCGGCGGCGGCGGCGGCAACAUUGGCGACAGCGGCGGCGGGCCGGCCAAGACGGUGUACAUUGUGCUGCCGUACUACCGGCGGGGCAACCUGCAGGACCUGAUCAAUGCGAACCUGGUAAACCACACGCACUUCCCGGAGAAGCAGCUGAUGCAGCUGUUCCUGGGCAUCUGCCGCGCGCUGCGGGAGAUGCACGUGUACCGGGGCAGUCCCGCGGCGGCCGCGGGCGGCGGCAGCACCAGUGACGAGCACAUGGACGUGCCGCAGCGGGGGGGCCCCGCGCAGCAGCCGGCACGUGCAGGUGGCUCCCGCGCGGCCGGUGCCGACGACGAGUUCGAGGCCGAGCAGCAGCGUCCGCUCAUGGGCGACGAGGAGCCGCGUGUCGGCGGCGGCGGCGGCUCCGGCCGCAGCUACGCCCAUCGUGACAUCAAGCCAGGCAACAUUAUGAUCGCCGACGACGGCACCACCCCCAUCCUCAUGGACCUCGGCUCCAUUGCCGACAGCCCGCUGGCCAUCACCUCCCGCAGCCUCGCCAUCGCCACCCAGGACGUCGCCGCCGAGCACAGCACCAUGCCCUACCGCGCCCCCGAGCUCUUUGACGUCAAGACCGGCGGCGUCGUCGACACCAAGGUCGACAUUUGGUCCAUGGGCGCCACCCUGUUUGCGUGUCUCGUGGGCAAGUCGCCGUUUGAGAUGCGGUCCGACGAGACCGGCGGCUCCCUGGCGAUUUGCGUCCUGAGCGGCGACUGGCGGUUCCCCGACGAAGGACCCGGUCGCAAGCCAAAGGCGCCCUCAGGGCCGCCCAAGCGGACGGGGACGGGGAUGAGUGCCAGUGGGGCGGCCGGUGGCGGCGCUGCUGCUGGUGCUGCUGCGUCCGUGCCGGCCGACGAGACGACCAUCAGCGAACCGGUCCGCGAAGUUGUCCGCCGGUGCCUGAGCGUCGAGCCGGCCGAGCGGCCCGACAUUGACGAGCUGAUCCAGCUGGUGGAGGACACGCUGGAGCAGUUGGAGUAG